AUGCAGAUAUCAGCUCCCUUCAACUUCCAGCACAAGUUUCAUGUGCAGGUCGACCCCAACUCUAGGACUGGCUUCCGGGGCCUCCCUCCAGGCUGGGAGGAUCAGCUUGCCCAGGCCAAGAUCAGCAAAGAGGAGGCACUGCAGAACGGGGAGGCUAUUCUAGAAGUCCUCAAGUUCCAGAUGGAGCAAGGAUGUCAGCCAGCCCUCCCCACCCAGCAGCAGGCACGCCUGGCCGUUACUUUCAUCAACGAUGAUCCUUCCAGCAAGUACGUGAUCGCGCCCAAGGCGAUCGGACAAGGUGGCAUGGGAACCAUCUACCUUGCAAACGACAAGAAGGCUGGACGCCAGUAUGCAGUCAAGAAGCUCAUGUUGUCCAAGACAACAGACCUCCCUGCGCUACAGGCACAUGCCAGAUGCCGCAACUCUUACUGCUCACUGACGAACGAGAUCGCUAUGAUGCGCACGUCUGCCCAUCCAAAUGUGGUGGAAUACAUGGAAAGUUUCAUGUUCGACCGCUGUCUCUGGGUUGUCAUGGAGUACAUGGACUAUCGCUGCUUUGCUCAUGGGGAGGUAAUGGGCGAUCUCGACUGGUGGACUUUUUCUUUCUCACCUGUGCUCAGUGUUGGAGCCAUAGCUUUCCUUCACCAGCUGGGAAGGAUUCAUCGCGACAUCAAGUCCGACAAUCUUCUGCUGAACUCCAAGGGAGAUAUCAAAAUGGCCGAUUUCGGCUUCUGCGUGCAGCUGACUCAGGAGAAGGACAUGCGUCACUCCAUGGUCGGAACUCCAUACUGGAUGGCUCCAGAGCUUGUGAGAGGGCAAAGCUAUGACCAGAAAGUCGACAUAUGGUCUCUCGGUAUUAUGAUGAUCGAGAUGGCAGAAGGAGAACCUCCCUACCUCAAGGAACAGCCUCUUCGUGCCCUGUAUCUGAUUGCAACGAGGGGAACGCCCAAGCUCAAGCAGCCGUCCAAGUACAGCGCCAUGUUUAUGGACUUCUACGAUAGAUGCCUGCAUGUUGACCCAAAGAAACGCGCUACCGCCGCUGAGCUCAUGCAGCACCCGCUGAUGGGCACUGCCAUGAGCAAGCAACACAUCGCUGCUGUAGUCUCGCGAUACCGCAAGGAGAGAUGAGGCACGUGUGGGUGAGAGAACUGAGGGAGGGGAAUCACGCUACGGUGUGUCUGUAACGAUAUUUACUCGAGUGCAUAAUGAAGACCAAGAUCGGAGUCACACGCAACGAGCUAACAUGAUCCGGAUGUGCGCGGGGGGGAGAAACCAGAAGUUGCACAAGAAGAGCUAUCAACUUGACACGUUCAAGACAAAAAAGGUGAAGGGCACAUGCCACAACUCAAACUUAUCGAGCCUACAACAUCUCCUUCACGGUUCCACUCUCAAACAUCGUUUAGAAUUGCGACGUGUAGCCUCACAAAACUUCAGUCACUCCUUCGUUCACCUCUGAUUCCUGCUAGCAUUCGUCAUCGAAUCACUUCCUCCACUCCUUAGAGCGAAGGAAAGGCAGAGUCGUCUGCAAGGUUGAGGGUCGCGCCAUGGUUGUCUCUCCUGGGGCGACCACCUCCUCCUCCAUCCCUUCGGCCACGUCCUCCACGACCACGUCCAGGAGAGGCUGUCUCGUUAGAUGCGGUGGUGAAGUUGAGGUCAGUCAGGACCUGAGACUUGCUGGCACGGCCACUAGUCUUCUUGCCCUUCUUGCCGGCGUCAUCGCCGAGCUUGAUCUCAAAGACUUCGUUGUCGUCCUCCUUGAGCUUGAGACCCUUCAUGUCGAUCUGGUCGGCCUCACGCAUGGGCUUGGCGGCGAGGCUCUCUGAAGCCUUCUCAGCCUGUUGCUUCUUCCACUCCUCGAGAGUCAUGGCGGCUUCUUCCUUUCUCUUCUCUUCGGCGGCCAGCUCUGCAGCAGCUUUCUCCUCCUCAGUCAUCUCCUUAGUGUCUUCGGCUUCGUCACGGGGAGUGGUGCCGUCUCCUGGGGUGCCCCAGUUGCCCUUGCCAGCCCCACCUCUCUUGUUCUCAUGACCGUCAGCCGCACGGCCGCGCCCGGUGCCACUGUGGCGCUCAUAAUCUCUCUUGCCGCCCUUCUUGCCUCCACCCUCCUUGCCUCCACCCUUCGACGAGGUCUGAGGCUUGCCGGAGGCCGAGGGAGCAGGAUCAGCCUUCGCCGUCUCCUUCUUCGGCGGAUCCUUUUUCCUGGAGGCAUCCUCCUUCUUGACGGGUGCGGGCGCAGGGGCGCUCUCGUCCCCCUCGUCCUCAUCGAGCAUGGCGAAGGGAUUCUUGCUGACUGCAGACAUUUUAUCUGCUCGUCCUCUCCCGCUGCUCUACCGCUCCUCUUCCGCUCCUCUUCCGCUCCUCUUCCGCCUCCUCCGCUCCUGCGGGGCUGCUGCUG